GAUGUGUUUACGCUGCACGAAUAUUUCGCGCGAACGCCGGAGCGUCGCGGAAGGUCCGGCCGUGUUGUUGUGUUGUUUACACUCUCGGAGUACACAGGGUGUGAGUGUUUGUGCGCGCGCGCCGCUCGGGAUGGAUGAGUAUGAUGAGAUGUACGGGGUCGAGGAUGAGUUCGAGCAGCAGUUCGCGGAUGAGCUGGAGGUGAUGGCUGAGAUGGAGAACGAGCCUCCUCGCGACGUGAAGGUGUCGGAGUUCAGAAACAGGAAGCAGACGUUUGAGGAAGCGCUCGCGUCCAGCGACUCGGCUCGCUUUAAUGGGGGCGUGGCUACAGCUCCAGCGCGGGAGGAGGAGCAGGAGGACGAGACGCUGACGCCUAAAGCGAAGAAGAGGAAACAGGACGUGGCCAAAAAACUCCAGUUCGAAGCAGCACAUAAUGAUGAUGAUGAUGAUGAAGGUCACAUCACCCCCCCACCCUCAGCCCAGGUGAACCAGAGGUCAGAGAGGACGAGGUCCGGGUUCUCCCUCUCUCUCUCCCCCGACAGACGCGUACCCGCCGGAGCGCUCAGCGUGUUGGACAUCAGCGGUUUGGAAGUGCUGCAGGAGUCGCCCAAGAGAGCCUCUGCGCCGCGCCACGCCCUGAAACGACCUCCAGCUAGUGGAGAUUACAUCACCGUCACCGACACCACGGGGAACCGAGUGUACCUGCGCAAGAGCCAGGACCAGGACGAGCAGAUCCCAGAUCCCAGGUUUUUCUGGAAUUCCCAGAAUGCACUGGGGCUGCUGUCUGUUCCCAUCGAGGUGCUCAAAGAGCAAGUGUCCGAAAGACGUCAUCGUCAGCUGGUGGAGGAAUCACAGAGACUAACGGAACUCCUGAACAGUGGUAUCGAUCCCGAGCUCCUGGCAGGUGAUGUGACCGGAGACGCUGAGGACGAGAACGCUAACGCGGCGGAUGAAAGCUCCGCCUCCAGACUCUGGGUGGAUCGCUUCUCUCCUCAGCAUUACAUGGAGCUCCUGAGUGAUGAUUUCACUAAUCGCUGCCUGUUGAAGUGGCUGAAACUUUGGGACACAGUGGUUUUUGGGAGAGAGUGGAAGCCCCGCCCACCCACGGCCGAGUCCCGAGCGAACAGCAACCAGAACCAGAACCAGAACCAGCGCUUUAAAACCAAAAGCCAGAUCACUGAGGAGAUCCUGGAGGCCGAGCUGGACCAGUACAAACGACCCAAACUCAAGGUUGCGCUCCUGUCUGGACCUCCUGGAUUAGGAAAGACGACGUUGGCGCACAUCAUCGCCAAACACGCCGGAUAUAAUGUAGUGGAGAUCAAUGCCAGUGAUGACCGCAGUGCGGAGCUGUUUCAGAAGCGGAUCGACACGGCCACACAGAUGAAGUCGGUUCUGGGAGCGAACGAGAAACCCAACUGUCUGAUCAUCGACGAGAUUGAUGGAGCUCCAGCAGCUGCCAUCAAUGUUCUGCUGGCGACCCUGAACAGGAAGGACAGUCGAGAGGGGGAGGAGUCCACUGCAAACUCACUGAAGAAGAAGAAGAAGAAGAAAGAGGCUGUUUUGCUUCGGCCCAUCAUCUGCAUCUGUAACGACCUUUACACUCCGGCUCUAAGGCCACUGAGGCAGCAGGCGUUUCUGUUAACGUUCCCUCCGACGCAGCAGUCACGUCUCACACAGAGACUGGCGGAGAUCACCCGUCGACAGGGUAUGAAGGCGGACACGGGUUCUCUGAUGGCCUUGUGUGAGAAGACUGACAACGACAUCCGGGCAUGCAUCAACACACUGCAGUUUUUACACGGCCGGGGGCAGAGACAGUUGGAUAUGCGUGUGGUGAAUUCUAUGAGCAUCGGCUUAAAGGACCAAAACAAGGGACUGUUUUCUGUAUGGCAAGAAAUAUUUCAGCUUCCUCGGGUGAAAAGGAAGCGGAUUGGCGGAGAUGGGUUUGGAGGGUUUGAGGAGGCGGGGCUUAGAGACAGCAGCCAGAGACUCCAGCACAUCCUUCACCUGGUGUCGUCCUGCGGAGAGCACGAGAAACUCACACAGGGUUUGUAUGAUAAUUUCCUGAGUAUGAAGCUGAAGGACCCGAGUCUGGCGGGUGUGUGUUCAGGACUCGACUGGCUCUGUUUCUCCGACCUGGUGAACGAGUGUGUGUUACACGGACAGAACUACUCCCUCAUGCGCUACCUGCCCUUCCUGCCCGCUGCCUUCCAUCAUCUGUUCGCCGCUAACUCCGUCCCGCGCAUCAGUUACCCCAACAGCCACUACGAGAGUCUCACCAAAACCCAGCACACCAGGAACGCCCUGGUUGCCAUGUUGGCGGAGAUCCCUCCUUCCAUACGGAGCCGAGUCUGCCAGAUUAACCUGUGUCUAGACCUUCUGAGUCUUUUACUGGAGCUCAUCUGCCCCAAACUACGGCCGGUUAACCCUCAGCUGUACAGUACGAGGGAGAAGCAGCAGCUGUGUGAGCUCAUUGAUACGAUGAUCAACUACAACCUGACCUACAGACAGGAGCGCACACCAGAGGGGCAGUACACCUACGUCCUGGAACCUAACGUGGAGGAUGUGGUAAGGUUUCCCGGGCUGCCCCCCCGCAGACAGCUGACCUAUCAGGUGAAGCAGCUGAUCGCCAGAGAGACGGAGCUGGAGAGGAUGAGGAGGGUGGAGCGGGCGCAACACAAACACAACCUACACAAGACGGAGAAGGUUGAGGAAGUGACGGAGGUGAAGAAACCUCAGGUUAAGAAGCAGCCGAGCAGGAACCACCACCAGAGGCUGGAGAACAUCGUCAAGCAGGCGCUGGUGGAGAGCAAGCCUGAAACAGAUUUCUUUGGACGCGCCAUCACGCCCCGUGAGAAAGCCUCCGCCGCUGGCUUGGCACCAGAGGAGGACGGGAAGCCGAGCGGCGGCGCACAGAUGGGUAAAGCUGUGGGGAACAGUGACGUCUGGUUCCGCUUUAACGAAGGCGUGUCUAACGCCGUGCGCAGAAACGUCUACAUCAGAGAGCUGCUAUGAGGGAACACGCCGGAAACCACGCUUCAUAAUUAAUUAAUAAAUAAAUACAACUGAAUAAAUCUUUUUUUUUAAA